GUUGAUCAAAUUGUAGGCUUAUAAAUUGUUGGGUCACAGAACUGAUGAUAAUAUCCAAUCCCAUAACCCCUCAUCACUAAGUUGUGUGCUUCUUAUGUGAAAUAGCUAUGUCUCUGCCAACCUCACAAGGGUCUUAUAGUGAGCCUGCUGUCACUGGUUUUCCUGUGGCUUACCCACAAGCACCACCUGCCCAGCCCAAAGCUCAGGCCCAGGUUGAUUGGUCCACGGGCCUCUGUGAUUGCUUCUCCAACUUCCAAAACUGUUGCUUAACGUGCUGGUGCCCAUGUGUGACGUUUGGCAGAGUUGCAGAGAUUGUAGACAAGGGAUCAACGUCAUGUGGUGCUAGUGGGGCCCUGUAUACGAUAAUUUGUUGUUUUAUAGGUUGUGGUUGGAUAUACUCAUGUAUGUAUCGCACCAAGAUGAGACGACAAUUCAUGUUGAAGGACAGCCCUUGCUGCGAUUGCUUGCUUCAUUGCUGUUGUGAACCAUGUGCCUUGUGCCAAGAAUAUCGUGAACUUGAAAACCGUGGAUUUGACAUGGUCAUUGGGUGGCAAGGAAAUGUUGAUCAAAACCGGGGUGUGGCCAUGAUUCCAACAGCUCCAGCAGUUGAACCCAUGAGUCGUUGAUGACCCAUACACACAUUAUCAAUGCAUAUUGCGUCAGUUUGAUCAAACUCAGUUAUGAUUGAAGAAUGGGUUAUUACUGCUUUGUUGAUUUAUAGUUGUUGUUAAUGCUACAUGCUUUUCUAUGUGUGGAAUUUCCGAGUUGCGUGGUCAGUUGCCUUCAUUUUCCUAUUAAAAAAUGUAUUAAACUUUGUAUUAAAAUC